AUGUCGACAUGCGAAAAACAAAUCUUCGUUCCUUCAAACUUGGUUAUGUUUGGCGAGAUCGAUUAUUCUUCAAUCAAUCCACAUGGAUCAUCGCAUCAAUUAUCUCGUCUUCUACCCAGUGUCUCUUCGUCUGAUUUACAACAGUAUUCCUACUCAUCUCCGCAUCUCAAUUGGCGAUACUAUUCACUUGAAUAUCUUCUCAAUAAUUUCAGCACAAUGUCAGCGAAUGAAAGCAUUCUAUCGAAUUCAACUCUUGCGAACCAUACAACAACUUCUCCGGAAAACUUAUCCGCUGAUGAGGAAGCAUCCGAUCAUCUCCUCUAUCUCAUUAUUCCAUUAUACUCACUUGUCUUCAUCAUCGGUACUAUCGGAAAUAUUCUUGUUAUUCUAACUGUUGUUAUAGUCAAGCAAAUGCGAAAUACAACCAAUGCAUUGAUUCUUCAUUUAGCUAUUGCAAAUUUAUCCUUUGUUCUUAUGUGUAUCCCGCACACGAUCUAUGUCUAUGUGGCUCAUUCGUAUAACUUUCCAAGUCUUUUCUGUAAAUUAGCGAAUACAUUGAUGUAUUUAAGUGCAUAUGUCAGUAUUUAUAUUCUUGUUCUGAUGUCCAUUGAUCGAUUUCUCGGCGUGGUUUUUGCGGUAAAAUCAACAAAAUAUCGAACGGAACGUAAUGCACAUUUAGCAGUCAUCGUUGUUUGGUUAAUUGGAAUCAUAUUUGCUUCCCCGAAUAUGUUCUACUAUGAAGUCUUACUAGUCGAUACGAUCAGCAAUAUUCGAAUGUGUCUAUUUCGUGAUGACAAACCAAUCUUAAACACAGCACGUAAAGUCACUGCUUACUUUUUUGCAUUAUUCGGUUUAAUUGUCCCAUUAAUUAUCAUUGUUAUCCUCUACGGUCUCAUAAUCAAUGUCUUGCGAAAAAAUGUCAAAGGUCAACAAGUGGCGAAAGGUAAGAAACGCGUCACCAAAAUGGUAUCUGCAGUUAUAUCCUCGUUCAUUAUCUGCUGGACACCAAUGCAAAUCUAUUUAUUAUAUACACAUCAUAAUAAACUCACAGUCUUAUUCGCUAUUGUCGCUCAAAGUCUUGUGUAUAUAUCUGCAUGUGUGAAUCCGAUUUUAUAUGCUUUCCUAUCAGAUCCAUUUCGGAAAGCAUUUCGGCAACUGUUGACAUGUUCUAAAAUGUUAUCGAAUCAUUUAACGAAUCAAAAUGGAAAUGAUAAAAGUCAAACAGCGAGGAAUUCCGCUUGCAAUGUUAUACAACGAAAACAGCAGCAAUCAUUGAAAGUUAGUGUAAAUAAUAAGCAAAAGAUCAAACUUGAAAUGGAUUCAACGACAAAAACCACAAAUUUAGUGGAGAAUGAACGAUUAUUAAGUACUCAAACAACUAGUAUAAAUUAG